AUGUCAAUCAUAGAGCUUGGAGACUCAAUCCCACCCUUCACACCCCAUGCUGUGAGUAUGUCUCUGCCAACAUGGACUGAUAACGUGGGUUACGAGGAGGGAGACAAGCGGGUUACCGACAAAUUGUCGACUGGUUAUCCGCGAUUCUUCAUCCACAAAUCCAUUGUGGCAUUCGCGGAUGACAUUGUUGCCAAAUAUGGAACCCCAGAUCGGAAGGCUAUGUUGUUUCCAUCCAGUAAGACCGCCCAAAGAUGUCGCAGCUUCAUAAAGGCAAAAGCGGAGCCCAGCUUGGCAGGAGAUGUCAAGAUAAUUGAUCUGUUUCUCGAUAAGAGAAAAGAGCCUUCAAAGAUCAUUGCGAAGGUCUCGCCCUCGAUAUCAGCUGUAAUCUUCCACAAAGAUCUAUUCCCCAUAGCGAAGCAAUACUGGCAGCACUCUGGCGACGGUAUCUCAAGCAGACGUGCUGAAUUUUGUCAUUCACUCUUCUCGGAUGGCAAGCUGGUUUAUUUCACGCCGCCGCAGCCGAUGGUAAAUCAGAAAAGAGGCCCAAAGAGAUACCAAAGAGGGUCUGUAGAUCAAACUUCCCCAAACGAAAACCCUCAGCUGCCUCUUAGGAACGAUGCAGCAGAGAGCCGGGAAAGCACGCAGUUUCUGGAGGAGCGUUUUGGUCGAAAUUUGGAUAUAUCGUUGGUCGAUAACGCCAAGUUAGCACUCCGUCGGCGCAUAGCUGGCUCUUUGGUGGGCGAAGUGGAUCUUUCAGUGGAACCAAGCCGCAAGAUGACCUCAAACUCGCGCGGAGUGACGGGCCUCUCCGAUGACGACGUUUAUCUUUAUCCCUGCGGAAUGAAUUCCAUUUUCAACACGCACCGGCUGAUGCUAGAGUCUAGAGGACAACUGAAGAGUAUAUCCUUUGGUUUUCCUUACGUCGACACACUUAAAAUUCUGCAAAAAUUUGGGCCCGGGUGUCUUUUCUACGGAAAUGGUUCAUCAGAAGAUCUGGAUGACCUGGAAGCCCGCCUGAAGGCUGGCGAACGAUAUCUGGCCCUCUUUUGCGAAUUCCCCGGAAACCCUCUGUUAAAAUGCCCCGAUCUGAAACGAAUCAGAAAGUUGGCCGACACCUAUGACUUCGGUGUGGUUGUUGACGAGACGAUUGGAAAUUCCAUCAACGUUCAUGUCCUUCCAUAUGCAGACGUGGUUGUAAGCAGUCUCACUAAGAUUUUUUCGGGAGACUGUAAUGUUAUGGGUGGCAGCGCUAUUUUGAACCCGGAAGGAAGGUACUAUCAGCACUUGAAGAGUGCUUUCGAAGCGGAUUAUGAGGACAACUAUUGGGCCGAGGACAUUAUGUUCAUGGAGCGCAAUAGCCGUGACUUCGUGACCCGAAUUAAGAAAAUCAACGACAAUGCCGAAGCCAUCUGCAAUGUACUUCAAGCACAUCCUCUUGUUAAGGAAGUAUACUAUCCCAAGUAUAGCCCUACUAAACAAUUUUAUGAUGAUUGCCGAACACCAACUGGCGGGUAUGGUGGCUUGCUAUCUUUUACUUUCCACAAGAAGGAUCAUGCGGUUGCAUUUUUCGAUCGUAUUGAGACCGCUAAAGGACCUAGUCUCGGCACAAACUUUACCUUGACUUCACCCUAUGUUGUCCUGGCACACUAUUUGGAGUUGGAUUGGGCUGCAGGGUUCGGUGUGCCAGCGGAUCUGCUUCGCAUUAGCGUCGGUGUCGAGGAUGCGGAAGAUCUAAAGUCACGGUUUGCAAUUGCACUGAAAGCUGCCGAAGCAGUUGAUUCUUGA